CUACAACACAUCCACAUAAACAUAUAAAUUCUCGACAGAUGGAUAGUCCGACAUAUGCAUCGAAAGUACAAAGUCCGUCGGCUUUUUCUUUUAAAAUCGAUACGCUGAGUCCAGCGGAAACUUCGGCACAGAAAAGUUGGUUUUAGUGCAGUUUUCCCUAGGGACGCGCGAACUCGUGGGACCUUCAAGUAGUGCCGUAACGCUGAUGGGCCCGCGCACUUUUGGACACGCAUUCCGUAAAGCUAGAAAUUCAGCUUAGAAGGUUGCCAACAAGCUUGUAGUGACGGUCACUAGACCGUAACUCCGACCAAACAGAAUUUGAAGAGUACUUCACUCUCGACCUCUAAAGUUCAAACAGACUUCGGACUGACUCGACUGCAUCUUCCGCUACUCAAAGAAUAUGGAAGACUCAGAGGAGCUCUCGUUCGUCUCUUUCAUUCUGAAACCAGGUUCAUCUCUCCAUCCAACGUUUCUUUUGGCUGUCGAUGCUGCAUUUGCACUCCUGUUCUUCGUCUUCCUUUGGUCAGCGUACCUAACGAAAGGCAAUCCGCACUUCUUCGUUUUGAUGGGUAUCCAGCUCGCUCUGUGGGCGAGCGUAAAAUGGUUUGUGCAAGAGCUUAACAAAGUUCCUCCUGCGAAUGUGACGACUAGUAUGGAGACGAGUACAGACAAAAAAGAACAAUAAUCAACGAUUUAUGGUAUACACGACGCAGAGCAAAUUAUAGAGCUCUUCAUCGACGUGCCUUGUCAUUUCCUUCAUGCCAACGUUUCAUUCGUUUUGCGCUUUCUUGAGCCAGCGCAAACACUACAGACCGCCCUUCUCUGAAUGACUGUGCAGUAUCAGUAGAAGGUCCACCUCCUCCUGCAGGGCCAAGUGCCGCGAAAUGCUGCGCUUGAUCAAUCACCUCCAGCAGACGCCCUUUGAAGGCCUGAACGAAACAACUAUUAACAAUAUCGCACAACGUAUGCAGACAAUGUACCUUUGUCAGCAUUUCUGAUAUACCAUUUGCCUGCUCUUCGCUCAAAAUAUCCAUGACCAUCUUUCCAAA